CGAGUCGUUGCAUCCGUUCUCGCGGGUCGCUUCGCUCGGAUCGGUUCAUCCGUCUGUCUGUCCGUCCGUUUUACGGAUGUAGGUACCCACAAAACCGCCCAUUGUCCGUGUGGAGGUACCGCACGAAUGCGACCGGCAAUUAUCGGCGCCGGUGCUGCUCUUACGGUACAAUUACCCGACCAAAUAACCGGCACUUAGUGACAGAAAUUAGCGGUUACCUUAUUGAAUUAUAUUAGUGAUAUAAACAUUAGUUCGCGACUGUUGAACAUCGUUCACUUGCUUCCUUUAUACUUAGUAGUUGGUAGGUAGGUACCUACCUACGUAAUAAUAAUAAUAAUAAUAAUAAUAAUAUUACAUAGGUACAGAUACGUUAUUUUUGUAUGUGAAUGUGACGCUACUGUCUGCUGCAGAAUGCACGGUAAUUUGGCUAAUUCGUGAAAUCGGUAAUUAGACACAAGGCCGGUGAUUAGCGGGGCUAAUUGGGCGCACAGUUGGAGGAGCUGCCGUCCGAUUCUUCUUCUUCUUCUUCCACUUCUUCCGUGGACAACAUGAGUUGCGCGUAUUCCUACCAACUGCAAGCUACCUCCUCUUCACCUCCUGCUGCUACCGGUGCCGAUUUCCUCGAGGAACAUCCCAGCCUUCGAGGCACCCCCUUGGCCAUGUUGGCGGCCCAAUGUAACAAACUGUCCAGCAAGUCCCCACCUCCUCUGGCAGACGCCGCCGUGGGAAAAGGUUUCCAUCCGUGGAAAAAGAGUCCCCAAGGAGCCGGGUCCCCCAACCAAGCCACAACCGGGAUAUCCGUAGCGAGUUCCCUUGCUCAAAGGUCCUCAGCCUCCUCAAACAGUACUUACUCCAGUCGACCCGUGAUGACGUCGUGCUCAAACGUUCCCACCACUUCAUCUUACGGCAGCGAUCUCUAUUUCCCAGGAGCCACUUCACAACCCAGUGUUUCCGAAAACUCCCACAUUCACCAUCACCAGAGUGCCCUGUUGGGCAAAGUUGAUGGGACGACAUCGGCACAUCACGCGGCUUUGGGAUCCGUCUACUCGCGACAUCCUUACGAAUCGUGGCCCUUCAACACCAUGUCCAGUGCGACCCACCAUGGAGGUAUCAAAACCGAUUCCGUCGCUUCAGCUAACGCGUGGUGGGACGUCCAUUCUGCAACAGCCGGGAGCUGGUUGGACAUGAGCGGAGCGGCUGGUAUGCAUGCCCAAAUGGCCGCGGCCAAUUAUGCGUCGUCCGAUUAUUCCACCUUGACCCAUUCCCUGGCCGCUUCGAAUCAUCUUCUGUCCUCUGGUCAGCACCUUCUUCAAGACACUUACAAAUCGAUGUUGCCAGGUGCCCAAUCGGUCGGGGCGUCUUUCGGUCUCCACCACACGGGUUCGGCAUCUUCGCCAACGUCAGCAGCGACGUCGCUCCCUACGCAGGUUCCUUCGCCUCGAUCUCAACGGAGGUAUACCGGUCGCGCCACUUGCGACUGUCCGAACUGUCAGGAAGCUGAACGUCUCGGACCUGCCGGCGUCCACCUCAGGAAGAAGAACAUCCACAGUUGUCACAUACCCGGUUGCGGGAAGGUUUACGGGAAAACUUCCCAUUUGAAGGCGCAUCUUCGGUGGCAUACCGGUGAGCGACCGUUCGUGUGCAACUGGCUAUUUUGCGGGAAGAGGUUCACGAGGUCCGACGAGCUACAGCGUCACCUGAGGACGCACACGGGAGAGAAAAGGUUCGCGUGUCCGAUAUGCAACAAACGCUUCAUGAGGUCCGACCACCUAGCGAAACAUGUGAAAACGCACAAUGGAAACGGCAAGAAGGGCAGCUCAGAGUCAUGCAGCGAUUCCGAAGAGAACAGUCAAAGCGAUCUUACAAAUAACGUCAAUAGCCCGGCAUCGAUUAACCACACGCCACCCCCUUCUGCGCCAAUCGGUAGUAUGGAUAUGGUGACGGGGUUAGAUGUUAAACCGCCGGGGUUGGUUUGAGGCCACUGGGGCCCGAAGCUGCUCUACCCCAGUGAAAGCGCCUGGUGGCCCCCGAUAUAACGGAGUGAUUUUGUACAUAAAUUAGAAACAGUUUAAUUCAAGAAUAAUAUUUAUGUGCUAAAGUCCCGAACUGUUUCCCACUUAUUUGAUUCUUUCAUGAUUUUUGACAGUAUGGUAAAAUACGAAGCAGUAAAUUAAUUAUUGGGAAUCAGUACGACGGAUGUUGUUUAUUAGUCAUACAGUUGAGUUGUAUAAAGGUUUGUACAUAUUAUCCUCGUGGGCUUACACGGUAUAAUCUAUGUCGUCUGUAAAUAAUUGUGCGAAUAAAUGAAAGGUAAUAAAGUAACACAUACAUACAUAGGUACAUAUGCGUAUAUGAGCAUCGAUCUUUUCAACAAUAAAUUUAAGUGACGAUGGCCUGUGAAAUGUUCUAUUAACAAAAACAAAUGACAUCCAUCAUGAGCAGAACCGUACAUAUUAUAAAUAUAAUAA